UCCUGGCAUAUUUCCGACACAUUUCGGUUGCUCUCGAAAAAGGGAAAAAAAAGAAAAAAAGGGAAACCAGCACCAGUCAAAAUCAAUUGAAAGGGGAGCUUUUAGAGGGGAAGAAUGCUCAGCGUGAAUCCGCAACUUCUGACUUUUUAUGCCCCAUAUGAUCGAAGUCAAAGGAGGAUGCUGACUUUGAUGAAUCCGACCAAUCGGCAGGUCUUGUUCAAAAUGAAAUCAAAAGCCUGGCGGCACUAUACCGCCAUUCCUCAUGCCGGCAGAAUAGAACCUUAUAGCUUCAUCGAGGUCAGCAUUAGUCUGAAGGCUUUGGAUUUUCACGAGGAUCUAGAUUGCAAACAUCUCUUUUCCAUCCAGUCUAUGUAUGCUCCUCCACAUCAUUUGAAUGGCCAGACAAUUCUGGAAAUUUUUGGUGAAGCUUCCCGCAGCAAUAUUGUCACAAAAAGCUUACCCAUUCGUCUGGAGGCUAAGCCCCUUUCGUUGGCUAAUUCUGGCAUGGAAUCCCUCUCUAGCUUGGUGAAACAAGCUGUGGAAGCAGAUCUGCCGCUAAGAGCACUCUGUCCCAGUUGCCCGAGGAUGCUGGAGGAACCUCAGGAAGAGAAGAAGACCAGGGGAAGCGGUCUUAUGUCCAGGCUUGUCAUUAUUGGCUCUUUGGCGGCAGUGGCUUUUACAGCCUACAUGCAACGGUUGCAAAUGUAUGACUUGCUGAUAGACAACUUUUACUCAGAAAAAGAAAAUUAAUAUAAAUAUGGUCCUGAAGAUCUCUACUUUAUGAUAAUAGAUAUAUAAAAUUUUUAAAAGCCCCCCUAAGCCCCUUUGAAAUCAUCUACAUUUUUUAAGUUUCCCUAAGUAAUAAAAAAGUAA